AUGAAGACCCCCCUUUUGUGUGGUUCUUCUCCCCAUGUGGUUCCUCGUCCCGCCAACAAUGAAGACCUCCCGUGUGGUUCCUCUUCCCGUGAGGUUCCUCUUCCCAUGUGGGUCCUCUUCCCGUGUGGGUCCUCUUCCCGUGUGGGUCCUCUUCCCGUGUGGGUCCUCUUCCCGCCAACAAUGAAGACUUCCCGUGUGGGUCCUCUUCCCUCCAACAAUGAAGACUUCCCGUGUGGGUCCUCUUCCCGUGUGGGUCCUCUUCCCGCCAACAAUGAAGACUUCCCGUGUGGGUCCUCUUCCCGUGUGGGUCCUCUUCCCGCCAACAAUGAAGACUUCCCGUGUGGCUCCUCUUCCCGUGUGGGUCCUCUUCCCGUGUGGUUCCUCUUCCCGUGUGGGUCCUCUUCCCGUGUGGUUCCUCUUCCCGUGUGGGUCCUCUUCCCGCCAACAAUGAAGACUUCCCGUGUGGGUCCUCUUCCCGUGUGGGUCAUCUUCCCGCCAACAACGAAGACUUCCCGUGUGGGUCCUCUUCCCGUGUGGGUCCUCUUUCCGCCAACAAUGAAGACUUCCCGUGUGGGUCCUCUUCCCGUGUGGGUCCUCUUCCCGCCAACAAUGAAGACUUCCCGUGUGGGUCCUCUUCCCGCCAACAAUGAAGACUUCCCGUUUGGGUCCUCUUUCCGCCAACAAUGA